CUUUGCACAGAAAGACACCGAAUUACAGCAUUGUUUGUGCAGUAUUAAACGCAGUAUUACAGUCAUUAGAGCAUUUCUUUUGGUUAUAUUUUAACAAAAACAAUGACAAACAGGCCUCGGACAUCGCCACAAAUCCACAUGAAUCACAUUUUUAGGGUUAAAUCUCGUCACAACAACAAUGACAACUACCUUAAAAUGAACAAAACAUGGACGAGAAGUGAAAUAAGUGACAAUUUCGAAGAUUUAAUACGAUUUUCUCUGUAAAACGGACGUGGUCGUUAAAGAUUUGUAAGCAUGGCCAUCUCCAUCGCCAUCCUGGACUGCGAUCUGCUGCUCCACGGACGAGGGCAGAAGACGAUGGACCGAUUCGACCUGGACUCUGUCUCUGAUCACUUUCUAAUCACACAUUUCGGCUUCCCCAAGUCCUUCAUACUCUAUUUGGUGGAGCUAUUAAGAGAAAGCCUUUCUCGUCGUACUCAGAGAUCCAGAGCGAUCAGUCCAGAGGUGCAGGUGAUGGCCGCUUUAGGGUUUUACACGUCGGGCUCGUACCAGACGUCGAUGGGAGACACGAUCGGGAUCAGCCAGGCCUCCAUGUCCCGAUGUGUGUCCAAUGUGACCAAAGCUCUGGUGGAAAAGGCUCCACAGUUCAUCUCUUUUUUCAGAGAUGAGUCGAGCAAAGAGCAGAUGGGGAUGUUUGAGAGAGUGGCUGGUUUUCCUGGAGUCAUUGGCGUCCUCGACUUUGUUCAGGUGGCCAUCAAAGCUCCGAACAGCGAGGACCAGUCGUACGUGAAUAAGAAGGGCUUCCACUCGGUCGGGGUGCAGCUGGUGUGUGACUCCAGGGGGCUGCUGCUCAGCGCCGAGACUCACUGGCCUGGAGCUCUCAGGGACUUCGACGUGCUGCAAAGAUCUGCGCUCUACAAAACCAUGGAGGAUCUGGGCCAGGGCUGGCUGCUCGGUGACAGCCGAUAUCCUUUGAGGAAGUGGCUGAUGACUCCUGUGGAUUACCCAGAAUCCCCUGCAGAUUUCCGCUACAACUUGUCCCACACCACGACGCACGAGAUCGUGGACCGGACCUUCAGAGCCAUUCAGACCCGGUUCAAGUGUCUGGACAGCAGCAAGGGAUAUUUACAGUAUUCCCCGGACAGAAGCUCGUCCAUCAUUCUGGCCUGUUGUGUUUUACAUAACGCGUCGCUUCAGUCCGGACUCGACGCCUGGACUUUGGAACGGACCGACCCCCGAGAGCCUCCGGAGCGAGUCCAGGAAAACCCCGAGGACCGAGACCACGGCGCCUACGACAUACGCAAGGACAUUAUACUCAAACACUUCAGCUAAAAACUCUUCCCUUAUGUGGACAAAAAAACAAACUGAGGAACUGAUGAUCGAACGCAAGAAUCCCACGGGUUUGUAGAGCUUUAAAUUUCAGUUUUUUGGUUUUUUUUACACAAAAUGGGGACACAGGGAGGGCAUCUGACACACAGGGGCAUUAUAUCAUCUUAAAGGUACAGUAUAUUUAACAUUUUAGAGGUGGCAGCUGUAUGAUUCCACGGAAAUAGAAAGUUAAAACCACACUUCGGAACAUUCUCCAUGGAGAUAAGAUCAGUUUUAUGUCGUUAUUAACCGUGGAAGAUCUCCAUGGAAACAAAUAGGCCAAGUAAGCGUCGGGUUUGUGGAGAUGCAAGACCGUUCACAGUAAAACAUACAGUCCUGGUACAGACCUGGUUUAGUCCUGGUUUAUUCAAGGUUUAGACCUGGUUUAGUCCUGAUACAGUCCUGGUUUAUUCAAGGUUUAGACCUGGUUUAGUCCUGGUUUAGUCCUGGUUUAGUCCU